GUGUACAUGUAAAACACAUCAAAAAAUAGCACUUCUUUUCGCCAUAAGGCAGCACUGUGCGUCUUUCGCACGCGUAUUUUUGUGCAGGUUUCGUGUGGAAAUUCAUAGUUAUUUGUUGUGAAAAUAGUUAAAAAUCAACCGCAAUCAUGGCACAAUUCGAUCUUACACGUAUCAAUUGUCAAUACUUGGACAGACAUUUGACUUUUCCACUUCUGGAGUUUUUGUGCGGCAAGGAGAUCUACAAUCAGCAGGAUCUACUGGAAUACAUUCUGGACACGGUGAACAAGACAAACAUGAUCGAUUACACCAUGGAUACGCGCAAGCGUCUCAAUCUUAGCCAGGAUAUGCCGGAUGAGUUGGUCCAACGCAAAUCCGAUGUCCUGGCCACAUUGAAGCAGCUGCAGAAUGAAGUGGCGCCCAUCAUGAAGGCCACCGACAUCCUGAAGAACGGCGAGAGCAUGAAGGAUUCGAAGACCUUUGUGAAUGCCCUUCAAAAGGACUACAACUUCAAGGUGGAGCACCUGGAGAGCGCCUACAAACUGGCCAAAUAUUUGUACGAGUGCGGCAACUAUCAGGAGUCCACUUCGUAUUUGUAUUUCUGCCUCAUUGUCAUGUCGCCCAACGAUAAGAAUUAUCUGAAUGUGCUGUGGGGAAAGUUGGCUGCUGAGAUUCUGACCCUCAAUUGGAACACCGCGCUGGAGGAUUUGACCCGUCUGCGUGACUACAUUGAUAGCGCCAAUUUUUCGACCAUUCAGGCGCUGCAGCAGCGCACCUGGUUAAUUCACUGGUCCGUUUUGGUCUUCUUCAAUCAUCCGAAGGGACGCGAUCUCAUCAUUGAGAUGUUCUUAUACAAGCCACUCUAUCUGAACGCCAUACAGACGAUGUGUCCGCAUAUUAUGCGUUAUCUGGCCACCGCUGUUGUCAUCAAUCGGACGCGUCGCAAUGCUCUCAAGGAUUUGAUAAAGGUCAUACAGCAGGAGUCGUACACGUACCGGGAUCCCAUCACCGAGUUCCUUGAGUGUCUCUAUGUGAACUUUGAUUUCGAGGGCGCUCGCUUGAAGUUGCAUGAGUGCCAAACGGUUAUUUUGAACGAUUUCUUCAUUGUCGCCUGUCUCAAUGAGUUUGUGGAGGAUGCACGUCUGAUGAUCUUCGAGACAUUCUGUCGCAUCCAUCAGUGCAUCACAAUUAGCAUGUUGGCCGACAAGUUGAACAUGAAACCAAACGAGGCCGAAUGCUGGAUCGUCAAUUUAAUUCGUAAUGCACGUCUCAAUGCCAAGAUCGAUUCGAAGCUGGGCCAUGUGGUGAUGGGCACACAGCCGCUGAGCCCCUAUCAGCAGCUGGUGGAGAAGAUUGACUCGCUGUCGAUGCGCUCGGAGCAUUUGGCCGGUCUAAUUGAGCGUAAGAGCAAACAAAAGAAUCAAGAAUCGGCCGACUCCUGGAAGUACUAUUAAGCAUUAGAUAAACCAUUAUUUUCUGUAUUCAAACCGUGGUAGGCAAUGCCUGUCCGCAAUCGUCACAUGGCGCGAAUAAAACAACAUCUCUUUUCGCAGCCUGAA